AUGCGUCCCCUGAUUGUCGCAACGCUGGUGGGCCUCAUCGCCUCCUUCAGUCUCGUACAUGCGCAGUGGAACAACCCUCAGCAAAGUCAGCAGAGUAACCUUUGGGGACAGCAGUCAAAUUUGUUGGGACAGCAACUAGGCAUCAAUCCCCUGAGGAGAAGUUGGGGGAACCAAAAUAACAUUGGCUGGUGGAAUGGCGGUCUGGGAAACAACGGCUUUUCGGAGGCAGAACGCUACCGAACUUGUAUUGGAAGGACCAACUUUGGGGACGAGAUGAGGAUUACCUUCACUGAAGACAGCGACCCUGUAAACCGCUGUCAGGCUCGAAAUGCUACGACACCAUCCCUCUCUGCUGUAAACUGGGGAGGGGAUCGUCAGGAUGCUACCCGAGGCUUCAACGUGGGACAGUUCCUGCCUGGGUCUCAGGGAAAUUUCGGCGGUGGACUCAAUGGUGGAUUUGGUGGCUUAGGUGGAGGGCUGAACGGUAACCUUGGCGGUAUGGGCGGCGGAAUUGGCGGCGGAUUAGGCACUGGAUCUAGUGGUGGCUUAGGAGGAGGACUUGGUGGAGUGCUUGGCGGUAGUACUGGCGGUGGUCAAAAUACCGGUCUUCUUGGGACCGGGACCGGAAGCAACACAG